AUGAAACCACGCUCGCCCCUUGUGCCCGGGCAAGCAUUCUCACCGCCGGCGGCACCCAUCCGUCCAGAAGAAGGCUCGUACCGGCGCCACCACCACUACGUACAGCGACAUGAGUCGAAUUCGGAGCAAGAUCUCGAUCCUGCCAUGGAGGAAUCUCCCAAGCGGGACAUGCACAACUACAAUUUCUCGCGGCCAAAGCCCCUGCCCCUCGACGAAGCUCGCCAAGUGACGCAUCUCCCGGACCCGUAUCGGUUCGUCGAACCAGACCAGAAGGAGGGCAAGAGGAGAAGCCGAAGCUCUCGCAUGGCCCACGCCAUCCUCAAGCCGAGCCUGACGAGCAUCCUCGCUCCCGUCUCGCCUACUCACAAAGCACGACGGGACGAGCGGAAACGGAAGGAGAAGAUUGAGAGCGGCGCGUCCUUCUUUGUACCAUGA